AUGCUGAGGAAAGGCCAUCAGCACUUGCCCAUAUCUGGCUAUCAUCCCUCCACAAGACAAGGAACUGACGCUCUGUCCCCACUCUCGCAAUUUAACGCGAAAAAUAUCAUUAACCAAAGACUUAUUGAAGGGCCUCAAAGCUCGCCCUUAGCGAGUGCACCCCGUAGAAUAGAACACGAGGCUUACCUUCCUACGUUAAGGUCCCCUCCCGCUGAUGAUUUGCAAUAUGAUGCGUUCGACCUAGAAUUACUUGCCCAGUCAGAGGAACCAGUGAACAACCAACAAUCUACACUGUACAGUGCCGAAAACCACACCUUAUUUUAUGAUAGACUGCGAGCCAAUGGCCCUGCGCAAGUCUCUCGUUUCUUUCGUGCAGUAGACUCGCAUGCCACACCUCACAGAAUCUUGGAUUCCAACUCAUCCGAUCCUGGUGUACGAUCACCUUCUAGCCCAUUGGCUAGAUUCCAGCCUGGGGGAACAGUGUCGUUGCAAUGGCAGAAGAACAAGGCCAGGAGAGACUCUCAAACAUACGGCAUGGAAUCCCACAGGCCUGAAGAGUCAUCAUCGAGAUCCAGUUAUGAAGAAACGGGAUACUCUUCCCCGAAUAAGUCGACCCCUUUUCAGAAUAUUCCUAUGUCGGCUCGAGGCGUUGUUCUCGUGUCACUCCGUGAACUCCCUGACAAUUAUCGUUCAGUGUUUCACUUCCCUGUUUUCAACGCCGUCCAGUCAAAAUGUUUUCAGCCUGUCUACAAAACAGACGACAACAUUGUGCUUGCGGCGCCUACUGGAAGCGGUAAAACAGUAGUUAUGGAAUUGGCGAUCUGCCGCUUGCUCAACAAUCUGCAAAACGAGCGGUUCAAGGUCGUUUACCAAGCUCCUACCAAAUCUCUUUGCUCGGAGCGAUUUCGCGAUUGGAAUAGAAAGUUCCGUGCUUUGGGCCUUCAGUGCGCGGAGCUAACCGGCGAUACAGAUUAUACACAGAUGAGAAGUGUGCAGAAUAGCCAGAUAAUCAUCACCACGCCAGAAAAGUGGGAUAGCAUGACUCGAAAAUGGAAAGACCACACCCGGCUGAUGCAAAUGGUUAAGCUGUUUCUUAUCGACGAGGUCCAUAUUCUGAAGGAAGCUCGCGGGGCAACACUGGAAGCUGUUGUGUCUCGGAUGAAAGCGAUUGGGUCGAAUGUCCGCUUUGUUGCUCUGAGUGCUACAAUUCCAAAUUCAGAGGAUAUCGCCACUUGGCUGGGCAAGAAUACAACGAAUCAGCAUGUACCUGCGCAUAGAGAACACUUUGGAGAGGAGUUUCGUCCUGUAAAACUGCAGAAAUUUGUAUACGGCUAUCAAUCGCAUGGCAACGAUUUUGCGUUCGACAAGAUGUGCAGCUCAAAACUCCCUGAUGUCAUCGCUACGCAUUCAUCUACUAUCAUCGCAGGAGUCGCGUUCCACCAUGCAGGUCUUGACCCCAAUGACCGACACACUGUUGAAACUGGAUUUUUGCAAGGGCAAAUCAGCAUAAUAUGCUGCACUUCCACGCUUGCAAUUGGUGUGAACCUUCCAUGCCAUCUUGUCAUAAUAAAAAACACAGUAGGAUGGCAAGACGGCGGCUGCAGAGAAUACUCCGACCUCGAAAUCAUACAGAUGCUUGGCCGAGCUGGUCGACCCCAAUUCGAUGACACCUCCACUGCUGUCAUUUUGACACGGAAAGAACGCGUAGGUUAUUAUGAAAAACUAGUUUCUGGGACUGAGAGCCUUGAAAGCUGCUUGCAUCUGAACCUUAUCGACCAUUUGAACGCUGAGAUAGGGUUAGGUAAUGUCACAGAUAUUGAAUCUGCUAUCAGAUGGCUUGCUAGCACAUUCCUAUUUGUGAGACUAAGGAGAAACCCGACGUACUACCACCUCAAAGAGGGAGCCAAUAAGAAUGAUGAAGAUGAAAUGCUUCGACAAAUUUGUGAGAAAGACAUUAGGUCUCUGCGGGAGUGUGGCUUGAUUGCCACAGAACAACUCAGAUCUACGCAGUUUGGUGAUGCAAUGGCUAGAUAUUAUGUGCGGUUUGAAACAAUGAAGACGUUCCUAACAUUGAAAAAACAGGCUUCCACCUCUGAAGUUCUUUCCGUUGUUGCGCAAGCAGAGGAGUUUCGUGAAAUUCGUCUCAAGGCAGGCGAGAAAUCGCUGUACAGAGAAAUCAAUCGCGCGGGUGGCAUAUGGUUCCCAAUCAAGGUGGACCUAGCUCUUCCUGCCCAUAAAAUUUCACUCCUCAUUCAAUCUGAAUUGGGUGCUGUGGACUUUCCGGACAGCGAACAAUUCCAAAAGCAUAAAUUUUCUUUUCAGCAAGACAAAAGCUUCGUAUUCUCUCACAUAAAUCGACUCAUCCGUUGUAUUAUAGAUUGUCAAAUUACCCUUGCGGACUCCGUCGCUGUUAAGAAUGCUCUAGACCUUGCAAGAAGCUUUGGAGCGAAGGUUUGGGAUGGUUCUCCGCUUCAGAUAAAGCAGAUCGACCAGGUCGGUGUCGUUACUGUUAGAAAACUAACGGCUGCAGGAAUUACCAGCCUCGAGGCCUUGGAACAGACAGAACCUCAUCGGAUUGAUAUGAUCCUGAGCAAGAAUCCUCCCUUUGGGAUGAAACUACUUGGUCGCCUUGCAGACUUUCCGAAGCUUCGGGUAUCUGUCAAGAAAACAGGGAGGGAUAUUAACCCUGGAGCUCCGGUAAAAGUCCGAUUCAAAGCCGAUGUUGCGUUUAUGAAUGAGAAGUGUCCGAUUUCUUUCCAACGACGCCCAGUAUACGUUUGCUUCUUAGCGGAGACCUCAGACGGACGUUUGAUUGAUUUCCGGCGUAUCAGUGCGAGCAAGCUUCAGAGUAACCACGAGAUAACAUUGACCGCUGAAAUCAAAGGUCCAGAUCAGCUAAUAAGAUGUCAUGUAAUGUGUGACGACAUUGCUGGAACUUUGAGGUCUGCAGAAAUACAAGCAGAUCUUCCUCCUUCCCUGUUUCCAGGCCGUUCAAGUAGCGGCAAAACAGUGGUCUGCCAGAACCAACCGACUCAGAUGAAUAUAUCACGCCAACGCAGCAAUAAUUCUUCCCAGUCUAGAAUGGAUAUUUCUCGAAAAGCAGAUACUUUUGAUUAUGAUGACUUCAUAUUCGAUGACCUUUUAGAAAUGGACAUACUGACGAAUACCCCGCCACCUGACAUUGAAGUACCAAAAGCACAUCCAAACGAAAAACCCACUGGAGAUAUCUCGGGACACGAUGAGUCCGAGCCAACCCGUUUAGACAACGGUAAAUGGGCAUGCAACCAUAGAUGCAAAGACAAGAAAUUGUGUAAACACUUCUGCUGCCGAGACGGACUAGACAAACCUCCGAAAGCGAGCAAGAAACAAUCUGGUGCUGUGAGCCAGAAAACAGAUAAGUUCAGCCAGAUGACACUUUCUGCCAGCGUUGCGAAGAAAAAGGCACCAAUGACUUCUAGUCAUGGCCAGCAACAUACUACAAAUGGGUCUGAAUCUUUGACCACAGAGCAGGAGCAAUGCCCAUCUCUUAUUACGUUUGACCCGAGUUCUGUCAGCUCAGAUUUCGGUCCCGGUAAUGAUACGAGCAAUCCUAGUGUUCUCAAUGGUGAUUAUUCAAGCGAUUAUGGAGAUGAUAGUCUGGAUGAUUUGCCCUCACCGUCCGCGUUGCUACUUGGGAUGGUUGUCCGAACUACAAGUCCAGAUAAUGGCAAGAGCAUAAGGGUGUCCAAUGCAGAAGAGGACAUGUUUAUAGGAGAUGAUUGGCUUUUCACUGAUGAGCCUCUCCACCUGACCCAGGCUGCUCCAUUGGCUAAAUCCCCACAACGAAGCAGGGGCGAUGGGCAACGCUCAGUAGGUGGUGACAAAAUAGAAGGGUCAACCAAAGAAGCAUUGCAAAAAGAUGCCCUUGAACCACGAAACAAUAUAAGAGACAAAAAUGCUCAAGAGCAUAGUGAUACAGCCGUCUUGGCUAGAGCUCUGAGUCUGGAUGACUCAGGUGGAACGAAGAGAAAGCUUGCAGCGACAGAUCCAAACCAGCAAAGCAAGGACAGAGAAGGGAGACCAAAAAGAAACAAGACAGAGACAUCAACCCACAAUAGCUCUCCACACCACCAAGAAGAUGAUGACAAUGCUACUGAGCAGUCAAAUGGGGGACAUCCAGAUCGCCAAUAUAUGGACAUAUCAGGUCCAUCUGCAAUGCCAGCAGACUGGGAAGGCAUUGACCCUACACUCCUGAAUGAGUUCAAAGACAUUAUUGAUUUCUUUUAA